UGACGCGACUCUGUGUUCCGGUCGCUCUGAGGCUUAGCGUCUUUAGCACUGCGGGCAUUUCUUUCUCUUGUGAAGUUUAAGGUUCAACACUGGGACGGUUUCGGUUCUGAAAUUCGUUUUUAUUAAAUAAAAUCCUGUAAAAGCAGCCGGUUUUGUUUUGUCGUGUGGGUACCUGAGCUUCCUUUAUUUUCCCUUGCAGCAUCAUGAGCAAACGGAAGUCCAGGGAAAAGCCCCUGGCUGUGGGAGAAUGUGUGUCUCAGGUCCAGAGAGUCCUGAGGGAGCGGUUUUGUCACCAGCGGCUUCCAGAUAAACCAGUGGGCCUGGAAUCGCAGUACAAACAUCUGAUGGAGCUGUUGAGGAGGACAGCGGUUCAUGGUGAGAGUAACUCCGUGCUCAUCGUCGGUCCACGUGGAUCUGGUAAAACUAUGCUGUUACGCUGUGCUCUCAGGGAGCUGCUGGAGUUGCAGGAGGUGAAGAACAACGUACUGCAGGUUCACCUGAGCGGUCUGUUGCAGACAGACGACCGGGUCGCUCUGAAGGAGAUCACGCGCCAGCUGCGGCUGGAGAACGUCGUCGGAGACAAAGUCUUUGGAAGCUUUGCUGAGAAUCUGGUCUUUCUGCUGGACGCUCUGAAGAAAGGUGAUAAAAGCAGCAGUCGCCCGGUGUUCUUCAUUCUGGAAGAGUUUGAUCUGUUUGCACAUCAUAAGAACCAGACCCUCCUGUACAACCUGCUCGAUGUUUCUCAGUCCGCUCAGGCUCCUGUAGCUGUGGUGGGCCUCACCUGUAGACUGGACGUGCUCGAGCUCUUAGAAAAGCGUGUGAAGUCUCGGUUUUCCCACAGACAGAUUCACCUGUUGAGCUCUCUGAGUUUCUGUCAUUAUAAAGACGCGUUCCGGUCUGAGCUCACGCUGCGGGACGACUUCCCUGACAGCACGUUCUCUCAGCAGUGGAACCUCGGCGUCUCGAAACUGUGUGAGGACAAGUCAGUGGAGGAGAUUUUACAGAAACAUUAUAACUCCUGUAAAGAUUUCCGCUCACUCCACUCCCUGCUGUUGCUGGCAGUGAGCCGCGUUUCUGUCUCAAAUCCGACUCUGAGAGCUGUAGACCUACUGGAGGCCAGUCGAAUGAGCUCAGCUGACUCAAAAGGCAACAUCCUGCACGGUCUGUCCAUCCUGGAGUUGUGUUUGAUUAUCGCCAUGAAGCAUUUGAACGACAUCUACGAGGGAGAGCCCUUUAACUUCCAAAUGGUUCACAACGAAUUUAAGAAGUUUCUUCAGAGGAAGUCUCACUCCAUCCAUAACUUUGAGAAGCCCGUGGUGUUUAAGGCCUUCGAGCACUUGCUGCAGCUGGAGCUGAUCCGGCCGGUGGACGGCGGAGCGUGUAAAGCGCAGAGGGAGUACCAGCUCGUGCGUCUCAUGCUGGAUCACACGCAAGUCAUGGAGGCUUUGCAGAGAUACCCACAAUGCCCCACCGACGUCAAACAGUGGGCCGUCUCUGCCUUCGGGUGACGCUUUACACCUUCACGUCCUGUGUAAACAUCAUGCAUUUACAAGUUUUUUUUUUCUUCCUAUUUUUGUACAUCCCUCUUAUCUCAGACUUACAGACUUGAGGUACCUGCUGUUCCAGUGAGCUCACGGAGGCAUUUAAAACGUGUGUGAACACCUCAGCCGAGUUGCCGCAGUUUUUGUGAGAAAACUGCCAAAUGCGUCAGAGAUGGAAAAAAGUGCAAGAUCUGCAGUCAGAAAAAGGAAAGUGGUUGGGGAAAAAGAAAAAAAAAAAACGUUAGACAAUAAAGGAGGCACCGCUGAAGGAAA